AUGUUCAGCAAAGUCUGGUUCUUUGCGGCCGGUGCCACGUUCCUCGGACCAAGCUUAAGCCAAUCACUGCCCGCUGGUCAUUCACUUUCUUGGACUGAGGCUUCCGUGGCAGCCAAGGACUUCGUGUCUCAAUUGACGACAGUCGAAAAGAUUGGUCUUGCCACAGGAGGUUACUCGAGUCCCAACCUUCCAUGCGUAGGUACGAUCGGAUCUAUCGAGCGGCUGGGAUUCGAGGGAGUGUGUUACUCUGAUGGACCAAGCGGGUACUCUCGUUCCGACGGUGUCAGUGUCUUCCCUGCUGGGAUCUCGACGGCGGCCACUUGGGACAAAGACCUCAUGUACCGACGCGCUGUCGCCCUUGGAGAAGAGUUUAGAGCUAAGGGGGCUCACGUUCACUUGGGUCCAUCUUCGGGACCUUUGGGCCGCCACGCAGUAGGAGGCCGUAAUUGGGAAGGCUUUGGGCCCGAUCCCUAUCUGGCUGGAGUUGCCAUGAAUGCUUCGGUUAUCGGUAUCCAAUCCGUCGGCGUGCAGGCCUGCUCGAAACAUUUCAUAGGAAACGAACAGGAAACCCAACGAACUUCCACUAUCAGCGAUAACGGCACAACUAUUGAGGCGAUCUCGUCGGAUAUUGAUGGCCGGACUCUGCACGAGCUUUAUCUAUGGCCCUUUGCCAAUGCGAUAAAGGCUGGUACAGCAAGCAUCAUGUGCUCCUACAACCGGGUCAACGGAAACUACUCCUGCGCCAACUCAGAGACAAUUUCGAUUCUGAAAGAUGAGCUGGCAUUCCCAGGCUAUGUGGUUUCCGACUGGUAUGCUACCCACGAGACGUUGAGCUCCGCCAACUCCGGGCUGGACUUGGAGAUGCCGGGUAAUGUCAGUGCCGCGGCUGGGGCAUCCUACUUUGGCGAUUCACUCCUCGAGGCAGUCAACAGCGGCCUCGUUUCAGCAGACCGGCUUGGUGACAUGGCAACAAGGGUUUUGACGCCGUAUUUUUUGCUUGGGCAAGAUAAGAAAUUUCCUCCGACUGAUCCGUCUAGCGGAGCUGCAUUUUUGCGCUAUCAGUACGGCCAUCAAGUCCAACUUCCAUUGACCUACCCAGAAGUCCCUGCUCGCGAUGUCAGAGGCAAUCACGCGGAGCUCAUCCGGGAUAUCGGCUCUGCAGGAACCGUACUCCUGAAGAAUGUCAACGGCACUCUGCCUUUGACCGACGAACUCAAUGUCGGGGUUUUCGGCAACGAUGCCCCUUACCCAACCAUAGGCUCGGUCUUCCUUGACAUCGGGACUCGGCCAGAAGGAUUUGAGAUGGGCACUGUCGAUAUCGGCGGAGGCUCUGGGACCGUUCGGCACACGGACUUGGUGAGCCCUUUCGAAGCUAUUCGAAAGCAUGUAGAGUCUAUCGGUGGGCGAGUGCAGGCAUUGUUCGACAACGACGAGCUUGUGGAUGGCCGCUUCAGAACGAUCUACCCUGUCCCAGAUGUCUGCCUUCUCUUUCUCAAAUCCUACGCUACUGAGGGCCAAGACAGACAGUCCGCUGAGCUACAGUGGUCAGCUACGAAGGCCGUCGAGAAUAUCGCGGCAGUGUGCCCCAACACUGUCGUCGUCAUCCAUGGACCUGGAGUGGUGGUCAUCCCGUGGGCAGAUAACGAGAACGUAACGGCUAUCCUGAACGCUCAUUACCCGGGAGAACAGACGGGAAGCUCCAUUGUUGAUGUUCUUUGGGGGAUGGUCGAGCCUUCGGGCCGUCUUCCCUAUUCCAUUCCGGAGAACGAGUCGGACUACGGUCCAUCCAUUGUCAAUCUGACAGGACCUAUCACCGACCCAGAUGCCUGGCACUCUGCUUUCGAAGAAGGGCAAAUGAUUGACUACCGGCACUUGGACGCGAAUGACAUCGAGUCUCGGUAUGAGUUUGGAUUUGGACUGUCUUACACGGAAUUUGACAUGGAAGACGCUCUGGAGAUUGAGGUCGAUGCGAACGUCUCCUCCGUCGCGGAUGAAGCGAACGGCGUCGAGCCGGGCGGACUGAGCGACCUCUGGAAGGUGGUAGCCUCAACCUCGAUCCAGGUCACCAAUUCAGGAGAUCUUGCAGGGUCAGCCGUGCCCCAACUCUACGUCUCUUUUCCGAUCUCUACAACACCCGAGGGAACGCCAGUCAAGGUUCUGAGAGGUUUCGAGAAGGUGCAUCUUGAGGUCGGUGAAACCAGGUCUGUGGCUUUUCAGCUCAUGAGAAGGGAUUUGAGUUUCUGGGAUACGGAGAAGAAGCAGUGGGUUAUUCCAAGUGGUACGUUCCGCUUCAUGGUAGGAUUCAGCUCGAAGGAUAUCAGAGCUCAGGCCGAGGCCCAAGUGAUUUCUUAG